AUGGCCAAUAGGGGGCGCAGCUCGUAACAUCCCGUCAUUGUUUAUUGCAAAAUGACGGAAAACAGCGCGUCGCCGGAGGAUCCCUGGCUCAAACAGACGGACGGCGCCUUCAGCGACAACGGCUUCGAUCACAGUUUCUUUGCCGAGAGUGCUCACAAAGGAAGUUUGGUGUCAAGAGCCAACAGCAUUGGAUCCACAAGUGCCUCUUCAGUACCAAACACAGAUGAUGAAGACAGUGACAACAGACAUGAGACGCCCUAUAAGGAGUCGUAUAAAGACCGGAGGAGACAGGCACACACACAGGCAGAGCAGAAACGCAGAGAUGCCAUUAAGAAAGGCUAUGAUGACCUGCAGUUUAUAGUGCCUACAUGCCAGCAGCAGUCGGACUUUGCCAUGGCCACACAGAAGAUGAGUAAAGCUACAGUCCUGCAGAAGACAAUCGACUACAUUCAGUUUCUCCACAAAGAAAAGAAGAAGCAGGAAGAGGAUGUUUCCACUCUUAGGAAGGAGGUGAUGGCGCUGAAAAUUAUGAAAACGAACUAUGAGCACAUUGUGAAGGCCCAUCAGAAUAACCCUCAGCAGGGCAGCGAGCAGGUUUCAGAUCAGGUGAAGUUCAGUGUGUUUCAGAGCAUCAUGGAUUCUCUGUUCCAGUCCUUCAGUGCCUCAGUGUCAGUCAACAGCUUUCAGGAGCUCUCUGCCUGCGUCUUCAGCUGGAUCGAGGAACACUGCAAGCCCCAGACGCUGAGAGAGUUUGUGGUGACUGUGCUGCAGCAAGUGAAUGGUCAGCUGUACUGAAGCUGUCUGUCUGUCUCUCAGGCUAAUAGCUCGUUCAAGAACAGUCUCUCCAAUGGACUGCGGUGCGUUCAAGAACUCUGAAGAGAUGUAGCAGCGCUUGCUCAAGUAUUGACUGAUAUAGUGAAGUGUUUAUGGCAGUGAUUCCAAUCAAAAAAUGUGGAAAUGCAAUAAUUUAGUCAAAUCUGUCAUUUUCUUACUAAUAAUUUGGAAGGUAAUAAUCUGUUCCAAUAUGUUUGCGAUUGCAUAUUCUGUUUCCUUACACAUCUUCAGCUGGUUGAAAAAUGUAAGAAUGUGUAAGUUCUAUUUAGGUGUUGUCGAACACACCUCAGUCCUAAAGUUUAAUCAUUUCUUUUUGUUGUCUAAAUCCAGAACAGCUUCAUCAGUAUUCAUAUUUUCAAGUUUACAGUUGUGAUGCUAAGAUAAAAUAGCAUCCUGACAACCACAAAUAUGAGGAAUACUCAGCUAUCAGCCAAAUUCACACCCCAUAUACUGAGGUGUGAGAUGUGUCUCAAUUUGCUGCAUUAUAAACCAGAAGCUGCCUUUGAAUGAUUAAGCUUGGUAUGUUGCAUUCAGUUAUCAUCUUUACCUCAUGUUCAAGUCAUUUUCCAAAGCACAACUACAUUUUCACCUUUGCGAACAGCUUAGUGCUGGAAAGGGGAGCCGAGACAUCUAGUUACACUGUGAUGUAGCACUGUCAGUUGGUUUUUACGUCCAAAAACAGCUGUCCCUCAUGCGUUAAUAUAAUUAAAGUUAGGCAAUGCUGAGCCAUCUUAGUUCCUCUUUUAAACCACUGUCAUUGGGAUUCUGUGACCAAAGAUUGCAGUGUCUACGUACAAAUAAUGGAAGAUAAACCUCUGUUUGUCAUGUUAUGUCAAUUUUUGUUCAGCUGCGUGUAGCGCAAUAAUGUUUUAUUCUACAUGUAUGUUAAUGGUUUAAGCUCUUGUGAAGUAUUUUUUUGUGCUGCAUAAGCUAUCAGUGAAGUGCAUGGUAGCAGCUUCACUUGGUGUGACCGCCCAAUUCUAUUUAUAUUUUUAAUGAAUGUUAAGGCAUAAUGAAAAUUAGAAUUGGAGUCUACUCAGGACACAGAUUUUUAGGUAUCGAGAUCUUUUUUUAAAUAACAGAUGAUUGUACAACCACCUGUUUGACCUGUGCUGGAAUAAGGGACGUCUUUACAAGUUAAGCCAUACAGUGGAGCGAAAUGCCAGCUCACAGAACGAGGCUACGUCGUGCUGAACUACUAUACUAGACUCUGUGCUUCUGCAUUUCUGACUUCAA